AUGGCAGUUUUGGCAGCACCAGUAAAUGGCAGCCCAAUCCCGGUGACCCCAUUGCCUCCACUUGUCACCAAUGAAAACCGCAUCAAUCACCCUCCAACAGUCACUCUUCCCAUUCAUUUAUGUCCGAUGUUUAUGUGUCCGAUGAUUCUUCCCGAAUCUCGAUUUUCUGAAGAUUCUCAUCCCAUCCGUCCAUGUCAUUGUCCUCAAUUUCCGAUAGAUCAUCCACCAAUGAUUUUC